CACAACAACACUUCGCCAUUUCAGGGUGAGGGGGGCCGAGCAGAACUCCCGCGAAGGAAUUAGGUCAAUUCGAGCCGAGGGUUUUUUUUUCUCACUUUAUAAAACCUUUCUGACCAAUUCUCCAUCGUCGAACGGUUCGGUUAUCGGGUUCCGAUGCGUGUUAUCUGGCUGGUGCGAAGGAGCUUUUCCAGCCCGGGCUGAAGUGUCAAGUCAGUGGUCGGAUUUUCCUGCUAACGGCUAGUCGGCUAGCUGUGUGUAAACAACACGAUGAAGCGCAUGAAAGAAGGAGAAGAGGGCAGCGACGGUUCCCCCAGUAAGAGCCCACCAGAGGCUUGCAAGAAGGUGCGCAAGAUGAGCAAGGAGUUGGAAGCAGUGGCGGCCACUGAGUCACCAGACGGUAACUGGGCACGGCUGCCUCAGGAGCUCCUGUUGCACAUCUUCCAGUACCUUCCACUGCUGGACCGGGCUUAUGCCUCUCAGGUGUGCCGCGGGUGGAACCAGGCUUUCCAUAUGCCAGAGCUGUGGAGAUGCUUCGAGUUCGAGCUUAAUCAGCCAGCCAGCUCUUACCUGAAAGCCACACAUCCAGACCUGAUCAAGCAGAUCAUAAAGAGGCACUCCAACCACCUGCAGUACGUCAGCUUCAAGGUGGACAGUAGUAUGGAGUCUGCAGAAGCAGCGUGUGACAUUCUUUCACAGCUGGUGAACUGCUCACUGAAGACCUUGGGGCUCAUUUCUACAGCCAGGCCCAGUUUCAUGGAGGUUCCAAAGUCUCAUUUUAUCUCGGCUCUGACCGUUGUGUUCGUCAACUCCAAAUCGUUGUCAUCGCUGAAGAUCGACGACACGCCAGUCGAUGAUCCGUCUCUGAAGGUGCUGGUGGCCAACAACAGUGACACCCUGAAGCUGCUGAAGAUGAGCAGCUGCCCUCACGUUUCCCCUGCAGGGAUCCUGUGUGUGGCGGAUCAGUGUCACGGGCUGAGAGAGCUGGCGCUGAACUACCACCUCCUGAGUGAUGAGCUCCUGCUGGCCCUCUCCUCAGAAAAACACGUCCACCUGGAACACUUGCGCAUCGACGUGGUGAGCGAGAACCCCGGGCAGCACUUCCACACCAUCAAGAAGAGCAGCUGGGACGCCAUGGUGCGGCACUCGCCCAAAUUCAACCUGGUCAUGUACUUCUUUCUCUACGAGGACGAGUUUGGGCCUUUCUUUAAUGAGGAGAUCCCCGUCACGCAUCUCUACUUCGGCCGUUCAGUCAGCAAAGAGGUGUUGGGCCGCGUUGGCCUCCACUGCCCCCGUCUGGUGGAGCUGGUCGUGUGCGCCAACGGCCUGCGUCCUCUGGAUGAGGAGCUGAUCCGCAUCGCCAAGCACUGCACCCAGCUGUCUGCCAUCGGCCUGGGCGAGUGCGAGGUGUCCUGCAGCGCGUUUGUGGAGUUUGUUAAAAUGUGCGGCAGGAGGCUCUCCCAGCUGUCCAUCAUGGAGGAGGUGCUGAUUCCAGAUCACCAGUACUCCCUGGAUGAGAUCCACUGGGAGGUGUCGAAGCACCUCGGCCGGGUCUGGUUCCCAGACAUGAUGCCGACCUGGUAGAGUGAAGCCGGCGCGCAGAGUUCAGCACGUGGAACUUUCACGGCCUCCGUGUUUGUGUUGAAAAGCCUUUAAAUGCUCAGCUGUAGUGGAAUGUUUGGUGCCAACUUGGGGAGAUGAACUUGCUGAACUCCUGUGUGGAGCGCAUCGCAGGGAUAUAACAUGGCAUCCAACUGCUACAGUGUUAUCAUGCCGUGCAAACACUACAAAAAUCUCUGCCUGUUGGCGUCAACAUUGGACUGUGGAAAACUGCUUGACAAGCCGGCUUCGUCCCACAUUAGAACAGAUGCAGGUGGAAAUAUUUGACUAAAAAAAGCUGUUUUGUAACUGCAAAUUGAGUUAUAUGGACAUUGUGGCUUGGUUAUGAUAAUCUGUAUUAUGGGAGAUCAGUGUGGGUGUAUGUGUGUGUGUGUGUGUAUAUGCCUAUGUAUGCAUGUGUGCGUGUGUGUUUUAACCUUUUCCAACAUUGUGGAGUAAAUUGGGACAAUAAGAUGCACAAUUGCAUGUUGUUGCACUACCACUCGGCCUACUUAAAUCCAGUUUAAGACAGCGAUUCUGCACUCUAACACAGUACGACAUUGGAGGUUUCCAAAUGGUUGCGAUGUUAUUUGUAUAUAGGAUGUGACAGAAGGAGUUUGGUCAGGUGUAGCUGAGGGAGGGAGUCGCUUAAUUUUUGCCCUCAUUUUAAACUAAUUUAAACCCAAGAGCAGCAGUGAUGUUGAAGACGUGCUGCUUUUUCUCUUGGCCUGAGCUCAGUCGUCGCAGAACAUGAUUGUUGGAAAUGUUGGAAAGUCGACGGAGAGAGACAGAAAUGUGUACAUAGGUCUCUGUAAUUGUGAUGUGAAGGUGUACAGUGUUGAUUGAUGUCAUUGAUUUUUAUUUUCUCCGAGUUGUGCAGAUUAUUUCGUUUCCUGAAUCACACAUAAAGUAGCCUGACAAAUAUUUUCAGUUGUUUUUAAAAGAAGGUUUCUGUACAGUCAUAGAUUUACUAAGCACCUUACGUAAAUACCAAAUGAUAGGACAGACUAAAUCCUUUUACCCAAAAAACAAAAAAAAGCAGAUUUUUAAUGAUGAUUAUUUACACUGGACUGAUGCUCUGCAUAGUCAGACUCCAAGGACAGUGUACUGAAGUAAUAAAGCUCUAAUUACUGAGAAAGACAAAAAACUUUUAUGUAAAUAUAGGUAGUGUGCAGAAAUGCCUGAAUUUGGAGGAAUGAGUCUCCACACUUCAUGCUCAGAUUGCUUUUAAUCGUUAAACAACAGACGUGUCUCUGCAGCUCUUAGCUUCUAGUGCACAGUGUGUUUCUCAGGUGCAUUUAAAAAGAAAUUCUUAUAUAGGUUUCAUUUUUAUCUUCUGCCAUUUGCCUGUUGAAGCUCUAAACCCUGGCUGUGUUCUGAAUAUAUGCUCACAUUUGCUCUGCAUCGUGUCACUCAAACAGGAGAGGGAGUUGCGUUCAUCCUGUCAUAAUUCCCAUAAUUCCUGUCCCAACCUUUCAUUCAUUCAUUUCCGUGGAAAGAGAUUUGGCAAGUCAGAUGAGUGAAACAGACUUUUUUUUUUCCUUUAAGAAGGAAGACAAAUGCAUUUGUAUAUAAAACGCUGUGUGUUUGAUUAUUCUGAAUAGAAAUGUACUUAUUUCUUUAUUUCACCCUCUGUCAGGGUUUGAAGUUUCCUUAACAGACGGCUCAUGUCUUUUCUAAAAACCAGAGUGCGAGUUAUCCUUUACUAGAUGGAUCUUUUUCAUACUGUAGUCGCUAGAGAAGUUAAGCUGUGUAAUUUAUUGGUAUGGAUACUGCUUUUAUAAUUUGUGUUUUUUUCAGUUCUACAAAAGAAGCAACCAGCGAGCAGACCAGCAGCAAGACUUUUUUUUUUUUUUAAAACUUGUUUUGACAUUUCCUCUUGUUUUUUUUGCAUACAAAUGGUCCAGAAGUUUAGAAUCCACUACCACAAACUUUGGCAUUUUAGCACAUCACAGCUUUUGUUGUAGGAUGCCAUUAAUUUUGUCUUUAAUAUGCAUGAAAGGGGAUUUAUUUUUGGCACUAAAAACACUGAGAUUGUGAGUGGUGACUUCUACAUAUUACUGUUCAUGCUAUAGAGAAUAACAAAGAAAAAAAUUGCAGAAAUAGGUGGAGGGUAUCACAAAUAUUAAGCAAUAACUUGUAAAAUCACAAAGGUUUUGACUAAUGUCUGUAUAUGGGUUGUUUAGAUGGGAAGUUAGGGGAAGUGGACAAACUUUCAGACAACACUGUAUGUCAUUAGGAUGUGUUUAAAACUGAUUUCAAUCUUUUUUUUCUUUUUCUGGCAGACUUCAUUCCUUUUAUCCAAGCCGUGUUUCAUUUAGACGAAAACUGAGAAUCAUUUUGCAGCACGAGCAAAUGCUUCUUAGUAUUUAUUGGAUUGAACUAACAUCGUCUCUUAUCACUGAAGUAGAAACCUGUGCUGAUGGUCUGUGCAUCGCAGCGGUACAGCAACAUAUCUGCAGGUUAAUUUUACAGAAUUUGUGCAGUGGCUUUGAAGUGAAGCCUCACUGAGAGUGUCUGUUUUAAUCGCUUACUUGUUUUUAUUGGAAAAUUCAGCCGGAUCAGUGAAACACGGCUCAUAAUUAAUGCAGAUCAAGAGGGAAAAUUAUUUAUCUUUCAUCUUAAAUACGCCGCUUGUCGGUAAUUGUUAUUUUAACCUUGUUUGUUUAGAGAGAACUCCAGUGAGUUUAUUAUUAGGAGUAAAACUGGUGUUGAAAAUGCGGUCCUUUCAGCUUUGCUUCUCGGUGGCAAACGCUUCGUCUACUUUGCUUUACUGGUCACCUGUCUUGAAAUUAAAAUGAUUGUUUUGGACAUGUGAUCUUAUACCGUAAUAAAAAUUGUGAAUGUA